AUGGAGAAGGAGCCACAAGAUCAGCAGCAGCUGGUAGGUGAGGAGGAAGAGGUGGAAGAAGAACUUCCAGUCGUAGAUGUGCCGCUGAAGACGAGCAAAGAGGCCGUGGUGCGGUUUCAAUUGGUGAGCGACCUGCACCUCGAGUUCCCGGGCUGCCUCGACAAGCUGCCUCACAUCCCCGCCAACGCCCCCAUCCUCUGCCUCCUUGGGGACAUCGGGUACCCGAACAAGGCGAACUACCGGGCGUACCUGCUGGAGCAGGCCGACCGGUUCGAGCACGUGCUGGUCGUGGCCGGCAACCACGAGUACUACAACCAGGAGAGCGUCCAACAUGCCGACCGCCUGAUCGACGAGAUCUGCGCGGAGCGAGACAACCUGCAUUACCUCAACAAGCGCAGCGUUCGCGUGGGCGACGUGCUCUUCCUCGGCUGCACCCUCUGGCCCUACAUUCCACCGGAGUCGAUCAGCAAGGUGUGGACGAUGUGCAACGACUACCGCAGGAUUGUGGCGGAGGGGAAGGCGAUCGAACCCUCGCCGUCCGCCGUCGGGGAUGACGGCGGCAUGAUGUCGCAUAUGAUGUCGCUUGUCUACAAGAAAAUCGUGCCCGGCCUGCGGCCAAAGAGCGAAGACGAAGCGCAAAAGAGCGAAGGCGAGGAGGCACCGGUGAAGCAUCGGCUCACGCCCCACGAAACGAACCUGUGGCACGAGCAGCACGUCGACUGGCUCGUGCAGGAGAUCGAACGCGUCAAGGAGGCCAACGGCGUCAUUGCUGAGCCGGAGGAGAAGGUCAAGGUGGUCGUGCUGACCCACCACGCCCCGUCCAAGUUCCGCUGCAUCAGCCCCGAAGACGCCGGGAUCGAAGAGAUCUGCUACGACGACCUCGAAUGGAUGAUGGAAGACCCUGUGGUGGUGUGGGGCUUCGGGCACACGCACUGGUCGAGCGACAACAUCAUCAACUCGACGCGCGUGGUCUCCAACCAGUGCGGCUACAUCACCAUGGCCCCUGAUGGCAAGGGCUCCAACUAUUUCGACCCGGCCAUGGUCGUUGACAUCCGCGGAUGGUAG